AUGGCACCUUUGCCCAAGUUCCCGCCGGUCGUGCAACUGCUCGUCUGCGCCGGGGGCAUCUACGUCAGCUUCAUGGUCUGGGCAUUGGUGAGCAAUGCUACCUCGGUCAUGGGCUGAGAGCUGUUUUCUGACGGAUCUCGUGUGCUUUCUUUCCUUCAGUGUCAAGAACGGCGUGAGUGACAAACCUCCCGCUCAGUCUCGAGCUCUGCUCUCGCAGCGCUGACGGGGUGCUGACCCCUAUUGCGCUUUCCCUUCGCCAACGAAUCGCAGUGUCGACCACACCUUACGAGCACCGGUCAAUACCUGGUCGAUCCGACAAAUUCCGAGCUGUUGUCUUCCUCAACACUGUUCAAUCCGUCUUUUCGACUAUCUCGGCGCUCGUAUUCCUCUACCUGACAAAGUACAAGGCGGGACAGUCAUUCCGCUCGCUCGUCGGGCUUCCACCUCCGCGGCCUAAGACUGCCACUGCGAGGUUACCCCAACGACGAACAUCGAUUGAUACGCGUGGAGCUCCGAUUUCGACGUCAUCACCCCCUGCCUCGUCGCUACUCAAGACCUACGCCUUCAUUUCGCUCGUGUCGUCGCUCGCCUCGCCGUUCGGAUUCUUGUCUCUCUCACACAUCUCAUUCCCGACCCUGCUCUUGGGCAAGUCGUGCAAGCUGGUCCCGGUGAUGCUCAUGAACAUAAUACUUUACCGACGCAAGUUCCCUUUGCACAAGUACGCGCUCGUCGGUCUGGUCACGGCCGGGAUCUGGGCCUUCAUGGCGUUCAAACCUCAGAGCAAACCCGCCAAAGGACCGGCGACGUCGUCCUUGCUUGGCAUGGUCUUGCUCGGCAUCAACCUCGUCCUCGAUGGCGUCGUCAACGCGACGCAGGACCACGUCUUCGCCACUUAUCGUCCCUUGGAUGGACCACAGAUGAUGUUCUUCAUGAACCUGUUUUCGACCGCGCUCACGAUCGUCGCUUUGCUGUUCCCUACCUCGCUCACGCCCUCGUUCCUCGCGCCGAGUGUCGCUCGCCACGAAUUCCACAUCUUACCCGUCGACGACCUCGCUCCAAGCGUACCUUUCAACGCCCUUUCUUCGGCCUUGAACUUCAUCUCGACCCACCCCAAAGCCAAAUUCGACAUCUUCCUCUUUGGUCUGACAGGCGCGAUCGGACAAUUGUUUAUCUUUGCGACCUUGUCCCUAUACGGUUCCUUGACGUUGGUAACUAUCACCGUCACGCGCAAGAUGGCAACCAUGCUCUUGAGCGUCUUUGUCUUUAACCAUCAGUUGACGAGAGGUCAAUGGCUCGGUGUGAUGAUGGUCUUUGGCGCUGUAGCGAUGGAAGCUUUGGUGGCGAUGAGGGAGAAGAAGGGCAAAAAGAAAAUUGUGAGCCUCGGUGGGAGGAAUGGGUAUGAUCUUAGAUCGAAAAAGGAAGGCUAG